CCGUGGACGUUCACGUUACGUAAGUUCCAGAGAACAGGAAGUGUGAUGUGGCUCUGAUUCCCAACAAAAAUGUCGGCCAUUUUCAACUUCCAAUCACUGUUAACUGUGAUCCUCCUCCUGAUCUGUACCUGUGCCUACAUCAGAGCGCUGGCUCCCAGCCUGCUGGACAAGAACAAGACUGGGCUCCUAGGAAUUUUCUGGAAGUGUGCCAGAAUAGGUGAGCGGAAGAGUCCCUGGGUGGCUUGCUGCUGUGUCAUCAUGGCUUUCAGUAUACUGUUUCUACAGUAGCAGUCCAAAGAAAGGCCCAAAUGGAAACAUCGGAGAGAUGAACAGACAAUGAGGCAUGGACAGUAUGAUCCUAGAAGCACAAUAGGACCUCCAGUGCUUGUCACUUAGAUAACGUAAAAACGGAGACCUGUCAUCACAUACCUUAGCCACGGAGAGACAAAAUGUGUCUGUGUAGGAGGAGGGGUGAGCUGAUAGCCCCAGAGUGUGUCUGAAUCCCUCCACAGACUUCCAGGUCUGUACUUGUGUUUGCUUACGUGGAAUGUUUACUGUGGAUCUCUGAAUGUGUGUGUGUGUGUGUGCAUGAAUGAAGGUGGGCGAGGGGCUGCUUUGUGGGAUCAAAUGAUUCAUAGUUUGUCUAAACAUUUCAAACUUUUUUCACUUUGAGUUUGUCACAGUGGCAUCAACUUGUUUUAAAAUCAAGAGGACCCUCAGUGUUCAAACUGUCAAGGGAUCUACACGGCGACUUAUAUUUGUAACCUCGGUCCUGUGUUUGUUGUUUCUAUAAAAAUUGGGUUCAUGUUCCACAGCAAGCAAAAUGGUAUUGUAGCUCUUCAGGUGUCUAGUUGUCCUACACAUUUGCCUCAAAGUGCUUCUGAUCUUUGUCUAGUCAGUCGGUUUGCCGCUAUUUAUUAAAGAACUGGUUUGAGGCAAAAACAUUUUAGGUUUUUUUUUUUGUAAUUUAAAUUCAAUCUUUCUGAUCAGUGUUUUCUGUUGACACCUGUUUAUGCCGGUUGUGAUAAUGCCACGCUGUAAGAAGUGUCAAAAAUGACUUCAAACAAGCAAAAUACAUAUUGAUGAUAAA